AUGGCUUUCAACACGGACAGCGUUCGACGAGCGACUGACGCGCUGCGAGGGGAUCGCGGCAAUGCAUCGUUACAAAAUGGCGUCGCUUAUUCAAACCAGCUAACAGAGCUGCCACGUGAAGUAUGCCUGAUGCCAUUGCAAGUCCUCCUUCUCCAGGACAACUUACUCACAAGUCUUCCGAAAGAGAUUGGCAAGAUGACGUCACUAGCUGAACUAGACGCUUCCAAUAAUAAAAUAACCCAAGUGCCCAUGACGUUGGGCGACUGCACAGGUCUACGGUGUCUGGAUCUUAGUAACAACCAACUGGGGCUGUUACCAUUACAGAUCACAUACCUUCGUCUGGAACACCUUGACGUGAGCUGCAAUUGUAUUUCGUCUUUACCUCUGGAGUUGCGAAAUAUGACCACCAUCAUAACUCUGAACUUAGACAAUAAUCCACUUGUGUCACCUCCAACUACUAUUUGCAUGCGCGGGCGCGUGCAUAUAUUCAAAUAUUUGGAGAACAUGUCCAACAAGGAUACCUUGCAGCACAGAAGAGUUGAUGAGACGAGACGAACAGCGAAACACACGUCAUACAUCAGCUCACCAAAUAACCAGAUAACGUCUGGUAACGCGACCAUUGACUGUUUGAGACACAAGCCUAGACACGUUGUGGAUAGUGGGUACUGCACUGACGGAGUAGAGAAGAGAUGGUCCAAUGAUGGUGGCUGUGAGACGGGCGGAGGCUCUGGUCGCUCCACACCCAGUACCCCGUCCACGUUGUCCCCGGCCACGCUGUCCAGGGCGCAGUCCCUCUCCAGCGAGUCCCCCCUCGCACCACUAACACCCGUCCUCACCGGCGUCCGUAUAUCACCCGAUGGGAAUGUAUCCGGCGAGGAUAAGAGUAAAUUAGCUCAUCAACAAACAUACAGACAAUACAAAGAAGCCUUAAGACAGCAGCGUCAACAGGACGUGUACCGGCCCCGCACUGACCAGCCCUCCCCCGAGCUCGACUCCCCACAAACACAAAGCCCGGUCCACUUCCAGAAAUCCCCACACUCCCCCAUCAACGGAUACAGUAACGUAUCACCAUAUAACAGAUCUCUAUCCAACAAUUCCUCCCCAAACACACCAAAUGUUCCAAACAGCCCCAGCUCCCCCGUCCUACAUUCGACCCCGAGGAGGCUAGCCCAAAACGGCAACACCGACAAAGAAGAAACAAAACGACCUGUCCAAAAAGUCGUCCCGUCACGUAACGUUAACAAAAUGUACACAUCCGUCAACGGUAAUAUAGAUUACACGAAAUUGAACGGCGACCUGUACACUAAGCCGACGUCUCCGACCAAAUCACCGACCAGUAGUCUAGGAUAUAAUAGUAUUAAAUCGAAUAUACCGAGACAGAACGGCGACGCUAAGCUUUUUACAACAGCGGUGUCGUAUUUGAAAGGUGCUGGAAAUAAACCGAGCGGGAAAAUAGCUUGGAACAAAGAAACGGCGCCCGAGAAACUCAGCUUCACUAUGAAGAGGGAGUUUGAUAAACAGAAGGAGGAAACGGAGUUAUUGCAGCAACUUAGAACGAUAAUAGAGUCCCGGCUGAAGAUGUCUCUCCCCGAGCAGCUGGCGCCGGUGUUAUCUGAUGGGGUGGUGUUGUGUCACCUCGCCAACCACGUGCGUCCGCGGGCCGUCGCCUCAGUACAUGUACCCUCGCCCGCACAGCCAAAGUUAACAAUGGCAAGGUGCAGGCGGAAUGUCGACAAUUUCUUGGAGGCCUGUCGAAGAAUCGGCGUUGAGGAAGAGGAUAUCUGCUCGCCAGAGGACAUUGGUGACGAAACCAGCAUACGACCUCUCGCGGUCACAGUCCAAGCUCUACUGGCACACGCCACGCGCUCGCCAAAGGAUAUCCAACCCAACGACCAAUCAACAACGGAACUGGAACCUGUGACAAAUCAGAGCCCGGAACCAGAAGAGUUUUCCACCAAUCACAACCAAGUAUUCCACAGCAUUGAACUAGACUACAGACAACAUAGAUACAGCGAAGACAGGUAUAUAAGCAACUUCAAUUGCAACCAGAAUUACACAUUCGACGAGUCAGAAGAAUUUCAACUCAACUGUGAGAACAAUAACGCCGAAACUCAGAAUGUCUAUACGCCAGUUUAUAAUAAUGAGCUGAGAAUUAGAGGACCUUAUUAUCAGAAGAAUAAGAUUCAAUUCGUGACGCCGUUCUGUAAAGGUGAUGGUGUAUUGAAGAGUGAUAAUUUUGAAAUAUAUGAUACUGAUGAAGUAGAUUUUCCUAUGGAUUUGAUCAGCGAGGAAGUAGAUUCAAACAGAUAUGACAGAGAGAGGAUGAAUCUCGAUUUACAAUCCAAUUAUACUGUGAAUACAAAGAUACAAACUGAAUCUGCAAAGGAUAGAGAAAAUAGGAUCUUCUACACUUGUCUAUGUAUUGGAAGCUUUUUGGCAUCGACGAUUUUCCUCAUUCUAUAUCCUUUAUAA